AUGCUCGGUCACCUGAAGUUACUCAUCAUCGCCGUCACGGCCGUCUCCGCCCAGUUCAGAAUCCCGGGCCAAGCGGGCUCCCAAUCUGGCCCGCAACCUGGCCAACAAGGCGGUCAGCAACCGCAGCAACCUGGCCAGUUUGGUCAGCAACAACAAGGCCAACAGGGCCAACAGGGACAGCAGAUUCUCCCGUGGCAGCAGAACGGCCAAAAUGGCAUGAACAACCAGAACGGACAGCCGGGAGGCCAGCAGACGUUCCCUACCCAACAAAACGGCCAGUUCGGCAUCCAACAGCAAGGCCAACAAGGUCAGCAGGGUCAGCAAACCUUCCCGAACCAACAAAACGGCCAAUUCGGCAACCAACAACAAGGCCAACAAGGUCAAUUCGGCCAGGGCCAAAACGGCAACCAGCAAAUCGUCCCCGGACCCGGCCAACCCAUCAACUCGAACACAAACGGCGCCAACGGCUACCAGCCCUGGGGCCAGAAUCAGAACCAGGGCGGUCAGCAGCAGGGAGGUCAGCAGGGAGGACAGUUCGGAGGGCAGCAAGGAGGUCAACAGCAGCUCCCCUUCGGCAACCAGAACAACCAGAACCAAGGAGGCCAAUUCGGGCAGCAGGGCCAACAAGGGCAGUUUGGCGGCCAACAGGGCCAGCAGGGUCAGAUCGGCGGAUUUGGGCAGAAUCAGGACAACGGCAACCUGGAAAAGAACACUUUCGGCAACUCGAUGACGACGCUGCCCGACUUUGUCAUCCAAGCCCCGGUCGAAGCUCGCGAAGCUUUCGCCCAAAUCAUUCAGCAGACCAAUCAAACCCUGGCGCAACGUGACGCGGCGCUGCUCAAGUGGUCCAACACGUACAACGUUACGGCCCAGUACAACACCUACGUGGCCAAGGAGACGAACACGACAUUGCAGCUGCAGAGCAACGCCACGCAGACCCUGGUGGAAAUGCAACAAGUCCUCGCCAAGCUGUUCGCCCUCCAGAAGAACACCUCCCUGACGACGCAGCAGAUCGUCCAAACCAUCGAGACGACCCUGUCGACGAUGAGCAACGACAAGAGGGCCCUGCUUGGACAGAUCCUCCGAAUCGCCGGCGGUCAAACACAGCCCCAACAGCCGAACGGAAACGGCUUCAACCAGAACGGGCAAAACGGAAUAAACGGAAAUAAUGGAAACAAUGGAAAUAAUGGCUUUAAUAACCAAAAUGGCCAAAAUGGCCAAAAUGGAUUCAAUGGAAACAACGGCUUCAACAGCCAAAACGGACAAAACGGACAAAACGGACAAAAUGGCUGGCAACCCAGGGACUACUCGAAUAAUUUUGGCGUUAAUGUGAUGCAUGUGUCG